UCCGGACUGUCACGGUAUAUCAUGUGCAAGACGCCGUGGCUGAGAAGUGAGAAGUAGCCAGUAGCUAAACUAGCCCAGCUAAAAGUCAGCAUCGUCGCCACUCCUCCCAAUAGGAAGGGCGCAUCCCGGAUAGCUAGCUGGCUAGCUGUACUCAGCGUAACGAUGGCAGUUAACCUCAGCAAAAAUGGCCCUGCAUUAACGGCUGCAUUUAAAGAAGUGGUAGAUGAAAAAUCCAAUACCAACUGGGCCUUGUUCACCUACGAGGGAAACAGUAAUGAUAUCCGCCUGGCAGAAAAGGGGGACGGAGGACUGGAGGAGUUGGUUGAGGAAUUGAACAGUGGAAAAGUGAUGUACGCUUUCUGCCGGGUGCAGGAUCCAAACUCUGGCCUGCCAAAAUAUGUCCUCAUCAACUGGACUGGAGAGGGAGUGAAGGACGCCAGGAAAGGAAUAUGUGCAAAUCACGUCAGCUCCAUGGCCAAUUUUCUUAAGGGUGCCCAUGUCACAAUAAACGCCAGAGGAGACGAGGACGUGGAGCCCGAGGCGAUCAUGCAGAAGGUGGCCAAAGCAUCGGGGGCGAACUACAGCUUCCACAAAGAAGCUCCCAGCCGCUUCCAGGACAGCGGUCCUCAGGGUCCCGUGGGCUCAGUCUACCAGAAGACCAACGCGAUGUCCGAAAUCAAAAAGACCAACAAAGACAACUUCUGGGCUCAGGCAGAGAAAGAAGAGGAGAAACGUCGGCAGGAGGAGCGGCACAAGGCAGACGAGGAGCGACAGAAGAUGGAGAAAGAGAGGAAAGACAGAGAGGCCAAGGAGGCAAUGCAGAGGGACAAAAGGGACAAGGAGAGGGCCACCCAAAUCGACCAACAAAAGAAGUACCAGCAGCAGCAGGACACUGAGAGUAAAGACCAGGAGAAACCACGCGUGGAGCAGCAGGAGGAGAACCAGGCAGCCGAGAAGAAAGCAGUCAAGAGAGGUGAAUCUGUGGAAAAGGUCAACGAGGCAGCUUCUCUCAUCUCUCAGCGUGCUGUGAACCCCAGAGAGAUGUUCAAGCAGAGAGAGAGGGGAAUAACUCCCAGUGACUCAGACGUCCCCUCUGCGGCCCCUGCCAGCCCCCAGCCAGGCCGUCUGCAAAGCCCCUUUCUGUCUAAGCCAGUGUACGAAAGUGAGCGAGCCAGCUCCCCUCAGCGCCAAGCUUCUCCUGUGCCAGCAGGCUCUGCCUCUCCUGUCCGUGCCACAGAGCCUGAUGUGGAUGAUGGACAAUCCCGCUGUGAGUAUGAUGAGCAGGAGGUGACCCCCCAGGAGCAGUUUGAAGAGGAGGCACCGGCUGCCAACUCCUACGUCCAGGAGACGGCUUAUGAAAAGCCCGCUCAGCCCCCCGUGGAGGAGAACAACUUGUACGAGGUGACACCUGACGAGACACCAGACAGAGGCACCUGUGCCAGAGCCUUGUAUGACUACCAGGCUGCUGAUGACACGGAGAUCUCGUUCGAUCCCGACGAUAUGAUCACCGGGAUCGAGAUGAUAGACGAGGGCUGGUGGCGGGGCUUCAGCCCAGACGGCCAUUUUGGAAUGUUCCCAGCCAAUUACGUCGAGCUUAUCUAGCCCAUCUACACCUUCCCCCCCCCCCCUUUCCCAAAAUUAAUCCUCGCACAUAAGUGAGCCGAUCGGGCUGAAACGGAGCGAACGAUCCUCCACAGCAUGGACCAAUCAACGGAUGGUAAUUGUGGGCCAGACGCUUUCAAAAUCUCUCCUCUAUUCAAAAAGGCAGUUCUAUUAAAUUGUUGUUGUGAGCAACUGAUGGUAUAAUUUAGGGAUUUGUGAAGACCCGUAGUCGGACCAAUACUCCCUCCCACUCCCCCCAAAUAUCCAUCUCUUUUCCUAUAAAUGUGAUGCAGUACAAUAUUGGCCUUUUGUUAAGUCUUAAAUUCAGUUUUGUUGUGAGUAUUAAAUAGCACUUCUGGUCCACAUUCCUUACAAAGUGACUUCACUUCUAUUUCAGGUAUGAUUUUGUUGUCACUUGUAGCAAACGCUCCUGUACAUUUCAGGAGAGAGA